AUGAAGUGUAACCAUCUUCUCUCCUGGGCCUUUGUGCUUGUGGCCUCAAGCCCACUGCUGGCCCACCCCAUUACAGAAUCUGCUGAGAUGCCGUAUCCAGGAUCUGUAUCAGCGGAGAUCCGAGGAAUCAGCAGUCUGGAUGAUCUGCCUCUCUCUGAGCAGGAUGGUACAGGCCUUAGAUAUUCCACUCUAAUAUCUGGUGAGAUCAACAGAGAUGGUGUCAGAACAACAGGUCUGCUUCCUAGGGGGCUCAAAAGACAGGUCCUGUUGGAGAAACAAAGUCUCCUAAAUCCUUUCAGCCAUGCGCUGGGCAUCCGGAAACAGUUCAGGAAGAGAGGAGGGAAUUCAGAGUGUUUCUGGAAGUACUGUGUCUAA